UCCAUGAAGAAGAAGAACCAGUGACAUCUUUGGGUACCAACUCCGUAAGGAAGCCAAAACCAUGAGACCUCCUUCCCCUCAUCAUCCUCGACAACUGCCCCACCCGUCAAACUCCGCCCCGUUAAUGGCCUCCCUGCCCACUGGGGGCCAGCGGAAGAAGAGCUCCAAGGGGACGACCGGCGUCCGGUCCUGGCUGCUAAUGGACUCCGGCGGGAAAACCCAAGUCGUGGAAGCGGGUAAACACGUCAUCAUGCGCCGGACGGGUCUACCCGCCCGGGACCUCCGGAUCCUGGACCCGGUUCUCAUGUACCCGUCGACGGUUCUGGGUCGAGAGAGAGCGAUUGUGAUCAACCUGGAGCACAUCAAGGCCAUCGUCACCGCCCAUGAGGUCCUCUUGGUCAAGUCCGCCGACCCUUCUGUCAGUCCCUUCGUUGACGAGCUUCAGCGCAGGCUAAUCCGCCAUAACCAAGUAACCACAGCAGCUCUGGAGGGGAAUGAAGAAGAUGGGUCGAAGUCAAACUGGACCAGGCUGCAUGAUUUGGGAGGAGAGUCACAGUCGAGAGGUGAGAGCCGUGAGAAUUCCCCAAAAGGGUUUUCUGAUCAGUUUGAUGAACAGGGUCCAGUUGAGAAGAAUCAAUUGUAUGGAUCAAAGGUUCUUCCUUUUGAGUUUGUUGCAUUGGAGGCUUGCCUUGAAUCUGCAUGCAGUUGCUUAGAAAAUGAAGCAAAGAGAUUGGAGGAAGAAGCUUAUCCAGCUUUGGAUAAGCUGAGUUCAAAGAUAAGUACUCUCAAUCUGGAACGUGUCCGCCAGAUCAAAAGUCGCUUGGUUGAUAUAACCGGACGUGUUCAGAAGGUGAGGGAUGAAUUAGAACAUUUGCUAGAUGAUGAUGAAGAUAUGGCCGAGAUGUAUUUGACUGAAAAGUCUGUUGAGCGGGACCUAGAAGUUAAUUCUUCUGCAUCUUCAUCCAUGAACGAGCCGAUUCUGUGCGAUGAAAUGGAUGAUGAAAUUGUUCAAGCAGACAUGGAAAUCGACAGGGACGCCCAAAUUGGUACAACUACUACUAAUACAAGCAAGCAGCUUGAUGUGCAGGAGCUUGAAAUGCUUUUGGAGGCAUACUUUGUCCAAAUUGAUGGCAUACUAAACAAGCUAUCCACGGCAAAGAGAUUGGAGGAAGAAGCUUAUCCAGCUUUGGAUAAGCUGAGUUCAAAGAUAAGUACUCUCAAUCUGGAACGUGUCCGCCAGAUCAAAAGUCGCUUGGUUGAUAUAACCGGACGUGUUCAGAAGGUGAGGGAUGAAUUAGAACAUUUGCUAGAUGAUGAUGAAGAUAUGGCCGAGAUGUAUUUGACUGAAAAGUCUGUUGAGCGGGACCUAGAAGUUAAUUCUUCUGCAUCUUCAUCCAUGAACGAGCCGAUUCUGUGCGAUGAAAUGGAUGAUGAAAUUGUUCAAGCAGACAUGGAAAUCGACAGGGACGCCCAAAUUGGUACAACUACUACUAAUACAAGCAAGCAGCUUGAUGUGCAGGAGCUUGAAAUGCUUUUGGAGGCAUACUUUGUCCAAAUUGAUGGCAUACUAAACAAGCUAUCCACGCUGAGGGAGUAUGUGGACGACACAGAGGACUACAUAAACAUAAUGCUGGAUGACAAACAGAACCAACUGCUGCAGAUGGGGGUGGUGCUGUCCACAGCAACCCUUGUGGUGAGUGCCUUAAUCGUUGUGGCUGGAGUCUUUGGGAUGAACAUAAGAAUAGCACUCUUCGAGGAAGAAACCAAAAUUGGGAUGCCGAAGUUUUUGUGGACUGUUGGGGGAGGUUCCAUUGGGAGCGUUGUCUUAUUUGUCAUUGCUAUUGCCUGGUAUAAGCAUUCACGCUUGCUCGAUUAAUUUAUGCGCUAAUUAAAAGUUAAAUAAUGUAUUUACUAAGUAUAUCUAAUGUAUUUAUAAAUUACUGA